UCUGAUGAAAGUUACUUCUCAGGAACUUCCCAGCUAAGCAUUCUUAUUUAGCUGAAAUUUGGUGAUUUACAUGAGUAGUCAUCGCGAUGCUUAAAAUGUUGAGCUAAUUAUAGUUCAAACUAUUUGCAAGGUUUUUCAAAAGAACGUGGAGAUUUGUCGUAAGCCGUUUAAAGGCGUGAAGAGAAGAUUGAACAUGGCGGAUCCUGUGAGCAGUUACGAUGCCAAACUACUGAAAAACCUUGGUGGUGUUGGGCUUGUGAUGACCAUUAUUUUCACCUUAUCGGUUGUACUGCUCAUUGCGAUAAUUGUGAAGCGGCAAAUGCUGAGGAUGUUGCUACUUUCAAAAAGAGGACCACACUCCCCUGUUGGUAGUGAUGCACCCAGGAAUUUGGGAAGAGAGAUCACUGCUCAUUUGCAAAGAAUUUCCCAGUUAAGAAUGGAACCUAGGAUGUUAUCGGAACAAUUCAACAAACCUGCAGAUGGUACAUCCAACUUUGAUUCUCCUUCAGAUCAAUACACCAGAAGCUAUAAAUACAGAAUGAAAGCCAUGGAUAAGAUGACAGAACUAGGUCUGCAAAAUGUACCAGUUUUCUUGUUUUAUUUCUUAUUAAUACCUUGUAUCUACUUAAGUAGCAUAGUGUUGAGUAAAAUGUUAAUUUGUCUUAUCUUUAAGGAAUUUGGUGCAUUGCAGUACAGAAAGUUUGCAUAUCUUGUUGAAGAGCUGAAAGACAGGGUACGUCUUUAUGUAAAUGUUCCUGGAAGUCUAAUAAUUGCUGGAAACAGUAAAAAGCCAAUCAGAAAGCCACCAUCAAGCACAAAGAUAGAGGAACCAAGUAUGGAAGUAAAAGCAAUACCAGAAACAGAAGCUGAUUCUGGGAACAUGACAAGAAGUGGUGCCAUGAGCAUGUGAACUUUAACAAACUUGGAGACCAUUUGACUUUUCAGGAAUUCUAUUCAAAGACCUAAAAAUUUCUUAUGCCUGUGUACAGGAAAGAAAAUUUUUGCUCUUUAGUAAGAGGAAGUAGUGAAGUUUAAUUUUCUGAAAAAAUGUGACAUCUUAAAAAUAAUGCAAUAUAUGCCUGGAAGAAUGUUCUAGGGGAACCUGUUCAAAGAGCAAAAGGUGUUACUAUUGGAAAGGCCUCCAGCAGAGUGUUGAUUUUAGCUGUGGGCUUUCAUCUGGGAUCUUGAUUUGCAUAUUUUGCCUUAGAUAGAUUUUCUCAGGAACCAAUACAAAUAUCGAAAAAAGCUUUGUUAGCUUACUGUCUACUGAGUGAUGCUGUACAGUUUGUUUUGCUGGUAAUUCAGCAAAGUAAAUAACUACCAAAACAAAAUCUGUAAAAAAAAAAUUGUUAUUUACAUAAUAUAUACUUUAUAAGCUUACAGUGAUACAUAGUUUUCUAUGGUUUCUUUAGUCACCAUCAUCCUCACUGUCCAUUUUAAAGGGCCUUGCAUUAUAUUCUUCAGGGUCACUGUCAUCACUUGAGUGAUUCUCCAGAACUGUUUCUUGAUAUCUUGUACAUAUAGUUAAGAUUUUGAAAGAUAUUUAACAUGUACAAAUAAUGUCUAUCCUGUAUUUAAAUGAAACAAUCCAAGUUGAGCAAUUCAAGCUCAGCAGUGUUCUGUCUGUGCAAGCAAGAUUAAUGCCUUCAAGACCUAUUUUAAAAGUAGGAAAACAGGAGGCAUAUCUGAAAGUACUUAGGCCCUCCAAAUGGUAGAGUCUAGGCACAGUCCUCAAACAGCUUCCACACUUAUUUUACAUCAAAAUGUCAUAAUGAUGCAUAUGAAAUGCAUAUGAAAAGCAUUUGAAGAGCAUGUAAUAAAUGAGAUCCCUUUCAAAUAGUGUUUCACAUGCUUUUCAACAACAUGUAAUUCUUUAAAUUUAAGUGUGAAAACUCAUAUUCACAAGGGCUUCAAACCUGAUUGACUGUAAUUUGUAAAGGAACACAAACAACCUGUUACUCAGUUUUUCCCUAAGGAGCUUCUGAGUAACAAGAAUCUGCUUCUUUUACACAUCCCCUGGCAUCUCCUGAUAAUUAAUUUGUGUGUACAGUAAUUAAAUUUAACACCAAAUUUUUCCUGUCAUGUUGAAAGAAGCAGCAAUAAAGGAUACUGAAGAGGAUUUGAAA